CACACACGUUAUUCCCAUAACGAAACUAUCAUCGGCUUCUCACGAUGACAUUCAACGUGCAACGCUACGUGCACCGUAAUGAAUCCGAGGCACCCGAUUCGCGUUUGAUCGAACCACAUCCUGAUCGGCCAGCGACAGCCCAAAGGACGCGCAACACUCAUGAGCUGAACGGCCAUAUUUCGUACGAGACAAAUACCGACAACUUCGAUGCGAGCGUGCUAUCCCCGGACGAACAACAGCAGAUAGGCUCUGACGAUUCACAAGGCCAAGAUGACUACGACUAUGGUCAUUAUGCCGAGCAGGGUACACAAGACUAUCAGGAGAAUGGCAUUCCUGCAGGUUUUGAUGUGACUCCGUCGCAGAUCAGUGGCAUGAUGAUGGAGAUGAACCAAAACGGAAUGCAGAGAGCAGCCAACCGUCCCAUGUACAUCGAUCCAGAGUCUUAUCCUCCUACCACAGAUGGUGACCCAGAAUCUUUGAAUAACUUCGAGCCUGAUAAUGGGUACGAAGUCAGACACAUGCAGGCUCAAUCUCAAGUCGUACAGCAAGCUCUUGACACUUUCGAAGUGGAAGACCCACAGAGACGUGAUGCUACUACCUCCUUGCCCGUCCAUCCACUGCAACGCCGCACACACAAAAACCAGUUCAUGGCGAGAGUCACCCCCACCGUGACUCAGAGAGACAUCCAGGACCAGAAGAAGACGCGCGAUGAGACACGUGCUAUCGCUGAAUCUGUGGUCCAAGUUGCUGCAGAGAGCUUCAAAGCCGCCACCCAACAUUCCGCAGCCCAGAGGCCUCCUGUCAGAGCGCCAAUUCAACCCAAGAGAGCCUCGGUAGAACCUUACGGUCACGACGAUCAGUAUUCGAAUUCUGAUCUGGAUCCCGAACUCAAUAAUUACAGGGAGUUCUCCAACGGAACUAACCGUCGCCAGACCUGUGUCAAUGGAGCGGACGUUCAGCAGCAACAACUGAAUGGGAAAGGCCACAAGCAGCAACGACUUAACGGAAGAGGUCACAAGCAGCAACAACUCGAUGGAACGAGUUACAAGCAGCAGCAGCAGAACUUCAAUGAAGCUUCCGAAGAGAUCUCCAAGCAAGAGUUAAGCUUCGAAGGCCUCGAUUACGACAAGGAAAAGUUGAAGAAGAUGGACUUUGAUGCACUGCAGAGAGAGCCUUUUGAUGGACCAACCCGUGAGGAUGCACAAGAGGACCUCUCCGAUCUCGCCUCGAAAUCACUCAAUGAAAGAUUGUCGGCUGUCGCUAAGUUCGAUGCCCAACGCCAGAAAGAGUUCUUCGCCUCUCUGAGCAUCGAGGAAUGGGAAGAGGCUGGAGACUGGUUCCAAGAGAGCUUUUCUGGGGUCAUGAACAAUCUCAAAGCUGCGCGUAGGAAGAGACGUGAGCUGGCUCUUGAAUUUGAGAAUCGGGUCGCUCAGAGGCAACAAGCGAUCGAGAAGAAGCACGGCAUUACUGAAGAGGCGUUGGUCGGAAUGAAGAGGUCCGGAAGUCAGGUCCUGGUGAGCACACCAAAGAAAAAGCACAAGUCUUCGGGAUGAUGUGAUGUUGAUGAUGAUUGCUGUAAUCUCGCGUUGUUUCACGGGGAACGAAAAAGCGGUCUGGUCUUUGCUUUCCGGUUUGUGGCAUGUUGUGGCGCUUUAUACCCCAUCUGUUGGGCGAUGACCCUUGUCGUGUUUCUUUACUGUUGCUAGUUGCUGAGUCUCUAGGGUUACCUGCUGAUAUAGCUUGACCUUACUAAGUAUUACGCAGAUCUUGAAAUAUGGUUCCUACCUUG